AUGCCCUCCCCCUUCCUGACACCCGGUGCCGAGUCGCAACUCGACGGUCUCUCCCUCCUCCACCUCCGUCGAGACCAGACCAUCCCCGCCGUGCUACAACUACACGACGACGAAGACCAAGGCUACGACGAAGGAAAAGUCGUCAACACCCGAUUCGGCUCCUUCCCACAUAGCACGCUUGCCGCCCAACCGUGGGGGUCGCAGAUCGUCGCCUCCAAGGUCGACACGGGGGCGCGUGGUCGCAGGGAUCAGACGCAGUUGAAGCGGAAAGCCGAUGAUGUCGACUCGUCGCCCGUCCCAGGAGGAGGCCAGAGAUCGGCCCCGAAAGUCCCCGUCGCAGCCUCGCGCGGAUUUCUACAUCUUCUCUAUCCCACCCCCGAGCUCUGGACUGCCUCCCUACCGCAUCGCACCCAGGUCGUCUAUACCCCAGAUUACAGCUACAUCCUCCACCGCCUGUGCGUGCGACCGGGGAGCACGAUCAUCGAGGCUGGCGCGGGCAGUGGCUCCUUCACGCAUGCUUCGGUGCGCGCGGUGUUCAACGGGUAUCCUCACCCUGCGACGGAUGAGGGCCGUCAUGCGAACAAGAAGAAGAAGCUGGGUAAGGUGUGCAGUUUUGAAUUCCACGCGCAACGCGCGGAUAAGAUUCGAGACGAGGUGCACCAGCAUGGACUAAACGGGCUCGUAGAGGUGACACAUCGGGACGUUUAUGAAGACGGGUUUCUCCUGGGUGACCCUAAGACGGGCGCAUCUCCCAAAGCUAAUGCCGUCUUUCUGGACCUGCCGGCGCCGUGGCAUGCGCUGAAGCAUCUAGUUCGACAUCCGGCGUCCGGGGCGGAGUCGCCACUGGAUCCGUCGUCUCCCGUAUACCUCUGUACAUUCUCGCCGUGUCUGGAGCAGGUGCAGCGGACGAUCAGCACGCUGCGUCAACUGGGGUGGCUGUCGAUAUCGAUGGUGGAGGUGGACCAUCGGAGAAUUGAAGUCAAGCGAGAACGGACCGGGCUGGAAUUUGAGGGCUCAUCAAGAGGGGCAGUUGUGUUCCCGAAAUCCGUGGAGGAGGCCGUCGCGCGUAUGUAUAUGAUUGAGGAACGGACGAGGAAGUUCCGCGCCAAUAUGGAACAAGAUAGCGAUGAUGAGGGCACGCGAGUGAAGGAGGAAGAACCGCAGCAGGACAUCAAACCGGAACCAGAAAAACAACCCAUCACCGCUACCACUCCUACUCUUAAAGGAUCUGACCUCCCGUCUUAUAUGCAAGGUCGCUUGACUCACCGCACCGAGAUGGACUUGAAAACCCACACCUCGUAUCUCCUUUUCGCUGUCUUACCCCGAGAAUGGACGGACAAAGACGAGCAGAAAUGCCGGGAGAAAUGGCCGCCUAGCCAAGUGCUGGAGUCUGCCCAACCGGGGUCCAGCAAGGGGAAAAAGCAGCUGAGACGUGAGGAGAAAGAGCGGCAAAAACAGGAGCAGAUUCGACAGAAGGAAACACAGCAGCAGUCCUAG